AUGGUGAAGAAUGUCCAAAAUUGCUCCUGGGUUUGGAGAAAGAUUUUGAAGUAUAGAGAUAAGGUUGAGCCUCAUGUUCGUACUCUUAUUGGUGAUGGGAGAUCUACUAGCAUUUGGCUGGACAAAUGGCAUCCCUUGGGUAUUUUGAUCAAUCGGUUUGGCAACAAGAUCUGCUAUGAUGCUAGAGCUUAUCAUAUUGGUUCCCGAACUGCAUUGGUUGAAGAGAUCAUUAGGGAUGGAGAGUGGCUCCCUGGACCAUCUACCUCUUUUGACCUUAUUGAUACUUGGAGGGAGCUUCCAAGUGUAGAGAGACUACUGCCUGGAGACAAGGAUCUUAUUGCUUGGAUUGGGAAUUCUUUGGGUAUCUUCACCGCCAAAUCUGCUUGGGAUCUAGUUCGUGUUCAGGCUGCAAAAUUGGAGUGGAGCGAGGGUAUUUGGUUUGAGGGUAACAUUCCACGAUAG